AUUAUUGUUACCCGAUAAGUUUUCCCGCAUUUGUCAUUCCAAUUACAACGAAAACAAAAAUAAUUGGCGCAAUAAUUUUAUGAAAUGGCUGAUAACAUUCCCACGAUUAAAAAUUCCUACGAAAUAGAUCCCAUCAAACACGAGCGCUCGGGCAGUGUGAGAGAAGUAGGCAGCCAAGCAAUUUGGAGUUUAUCAUCAUGCAAACCAGGUUUUGGAGUGGAACAACUUCGCGACGAAAGGAUUGAUACUUAUUGGCAAUCAGACGGACAGCUACCACAUUUAGUCAACAUACAAUUCCAAAGAAAGACAACAGUCAGUGAUAUUUACAUCUUCACUGACUAUAAACUAGAUGAAAGCUACACCCCGUCACGAAUAUCAAUCAGAGUCGGUAAACACUUCAAUGAUUUACAAGAAAUAGAAGUAGUAAUGUUAUCUGAACCAUCAGGCUGGGUUCAUGUACCUAUCAAAGAUAUUAGAGAUAAACCAAUUAGAAUGUUUAUGGUACAAAUUGCUGUCACCAGUAACCACCAAAACGGUAGGGAUACCCAUAUUAGACAAAUACAAAUACAUAGCCCAACUGAGUGUCAAAACAUUGCCAUCAACAAUUUCAACACAUUCUCCACAGUGGCACUGCAGCAAUUUUCAACAAUUCGAUAAUUAAAGCCAUUAUAAUUUUGAUUUUAUGCUCUGGUUAUAUUUUGUUAUAUAAAACAAUAUGAAAUAUAUAUUUUUAUACACUU